CAUAACACUAUACUCGAACUUAAGCUGUUGCGGUUAGGGUUGACGCCAGCCGUAGUUGUCGGUGCUGCAUAGCCUGAAGGACUGUAUUUUUGACCAUCCAGAACACAUCAACAUGACUACGCAAAGGUAUCCAGGAGACACAGAUGAGGCCCAUCCUGAGAAGUUUAAUCUAGAGGCAAUGCCUUCACAGGCAAAAGAGAAGAAGCCUGGACAACUUCCAGAGGACAUGAUUAAGCAGUUUUUUACUGAGGGCUUUGUAGUGGUGGAGGAUUUCUUCAAACCAGAGGAGUUGGAGCCAUGUAAAGAUGCCAUCCGACGACUUGUUGAUGAAAUGGCUCUCAAGUUGUAUAAUGCAGGCAAAAUCAAGAAACUUUACAAUGAACAUGGUUUUUUUGAGAGGCUGAGCAUUAUUGAGAAGGAGUUUCCAGGAGCGAACAUUAUACUCCACAAGCUAGGAUCCAUGCCUUUGGAAAUCCAACAACUGUGGUCCAAUGAGAGACUGCUGAAUGUUAUAGAACAGCUGAUUGGUCCGGACAUCAUCGGACAUCCAGUGUGGAACCUCCGCACAAAGACACCUCAGAAUGAAGCCACCACAGUACCAUGGCAUCAAGAUGUUGGUUACCUUGACAACAGUUCCUACACUGUACUGCAGCCCACUGCCUGGAUUCCCUUGCUGGACACAAACGAAAACAAUGGUUGUAUGCAGAUUGCAAGCCAAGGCCACAAGACUGGUAAGAUAGCCACUCACCAAUGUUGCCACGGUGGCACUUGGUAUGUGAUGCUUGAAGAGGAGGAAAUGAAGAAAAAGUUAGACAUAGAUGUUGAUACCGACAUAGAGGUCUGCCCUAUUCCAUAUGGAGGGAUGCUUCUCUUCAACAAUAUCAUUCCACACAGAAGCCUUCCAAACAUGUCCAAACAGAUCAGAUGGAGUUUUGAUUUAAGAUGGCAAAGACCUUCGGAGCCUGUUGGAUUUUAUGGUAUCAAGGAAGGAAUACUAAUGAGGUCCUCCAAAGACCCAAAUAUGAAGAUUAAUUGGGAGGAGUUUAAUGCCUCAAACAGACAUUUAAAGGCUCAGAAAGCUGUCACUGGUCAGGAGGGUGAUGAAUUCGACGUUACCAUACAGGGACCUUGGAUGAAAAAGUGGGAAAUUGUACAUGUCAAUCAUCAUGUGAAUGCACAUCGUAAACAAGAAGCCGAGUUAGAAGACAAGGCAUAGGUCAAACUGAUGUUCUGGUAGGGAUGAAAUAGGGGCGGGGUGAGUGUGUAACAUACUCAGAUUUGUUCCAAAUGAUUUUAGAUAUUUUGAGGCAUAUUGAUAGGAGUUUUUGUUGUAUUGAAAAAUUUUAAAAGUAGCAUGCUAUGAAAAUUUUAUUGAGGAAGUAAAAGUGAUGCUUCUGGUAUGUUGAUUCACUUUUAAUUCAUGCCAUUCCUAAAGACAACAAACAGACUGGUUCACAAAUGUGAUACAAGAUUUUCACUUUCAAAACCAAUGGUUCUCAUAAGUCUUUUACUUUCUUCACAACUGACAAAGAUAGUUAAAUAGCAUAGAUGGUAAAAAUUGAUAAUUGUUCAUUAAAUUACAACUACAAAUAUAUCAUGGAGAUCUCCUGAUACGUACAUAGUGGUCAAAGGUAUUGUUUGAAGUUGACAUCAGAAAAACAGACAAAUGCAGUAGUCAGUUUACAACCAGCACAGAGACUUAAGCCAUUAUUUGAAAUAUCAAAAAGAAAAAUUUAUGUACAUGAAAGGAAUUUUAACCAAACCUCUGUAUAAAUAAUUUCAAAAUUGGUUUCUCUUUGGAAUUAGAUAUGAAAACAGAUAUAACGCCAGUGGGUAUGUGAAUUAUUUCCGGUGGAUUUAUGUGACUUCUUAAUUUGUGUACUUUACAAUACUUAAAUUGUUGGGUUGUCAGUAUUCAGAAGUUGGUUGUAAAAAAAAAAAUUCUCGAAGUCAGAUGAAGGAAAGAAGUGUUAGAAUAUGCUGUAAAAACAUAUGUAUUAUUUGUCACAGUCAAGAAAGAGAAUAAUAAAGAAUGUGAGAAUAAAUAUGUGAUAAAAAUGAAAUGUGAAACAGAAAGUUUAAAAUUCUGUAGUAAAAUGGCAUUACUUGGUAUCAGUUUUUCUGACUUUGUUGGGUCCUUAACUUGACAGAUCCUUUGCCUGAAGCAAUGUUUAGAUGCUCUGCAUGUGCCAUCCUUACUUCAAAGAGUAUUUUUACGACAUUUGUGUUGAAGAUUCACUAUACAUAUAUGUUACAUCUGUUAACACAUUUUUACUUCCUUGUGAUAUCACUGAAUAUGUAACUGUCAGUAGAAGGAUGAUUUGAAAUCGACACACAAUUUAAGAUCAGCCAUCCAACAAAGCCCUUUAAAUCCAGAUAAAAAUGAAGAACUCUUUUCAUGAAUUCCUAGAUUAAUUAACUUUGCUGUCAAUGGACUUUCAUUUCUAUAUGAAGUUAAUGAUGUACCAAAUUUUGCUUACAGUGGAAUUUUCUUUGAAAAAUGAUUUCAGACCAGAAUUAGAGGAUUUGCCAGUUUCUAGAUCAAAACGUUACCUUUUCAUCAGCAUAUUGAAUUAAUGUUAGAGUUCUUGUCAGGUAGCAGUUUAUUGAUUACAAGUCAAAUUAAUUUAUUAAAAUACAAAAUACGUACCCACCAAACUAAUGAAAAUUUGCAAUUUUAUAAAUCUUAAUAAAACUUAUUAAAAUUUGGUUUGUUAUCUGGUAUUGUUGUGAUUUUAAGAUUUCAGUGUCUUAACCAAUUUUUUAAUUUGAUUUAAUUGAAUCUUACUACCAUUCUUUGAUAUACCCAGACUAUGCAAAUUCAUACGAUACAUAAUGUCGAAAGAUAUAUUUUAUAUUUCUGUUGGUAUUUUGGUAUUCUUCUACACAAUCUUACAAGUUCUCAGGAAAUCAAUGGCUUGAUAUGUACAACAUUUUAAGCCCAGACAUCCUGGUUCAUGACUUUCCAUGAUACAUGUACCAGGAUGGAGAUUUUGUUUUGUGUUAAUGGUGGUAUACACAAAUGUACAUACACAUUUACUGAAAAUAAACUUGUCAAUUCAUUUGGACAAAUUUUAUUAUCAAUAUUCAUGAUAAAGGUUUUUUUUUCAAAUUUAUUAAGUUUUUGAUGUUCAUUAAAAAUUUGAUUUAAUUUAAACAAUAUUGACCAUGUACCUCUUUGUGGAUAAACAAAUAUUUGUAAUAAGUUUGAAUGAUGGUUUCUAAGCAACAUCCCAGACACAAACUUAUUUUACUCUGCCAGUGUCCUUUUUUAAGCAUAAUGACUUAAGUCUGGGGUUAUGUUAUUAACUUGCUAUAUACUGGUAGUACUAGCAUAUGAUUUCUGUAAUGUGCAAUAUAUAUAGGAGUAUUAUGGGUACUUUUCUUAUAGUUCACAUUGAUUAUGACUCAAUUCAUGACCUUAUGCAGCAAAAUGAUAAUUUUUUAGCAGUCGUGAUGUGUAUAGUGGUUUAACUUCUCGGGUCUAGUAUUUCACAGUUCCAGUUUUUUUCAUGAGGAAUAAAUUUUGUGUUUGUCUACAUACUGGUGUCCUUGUAUACAGGCAUAUAACAGAGAUUUCAUUACAUUUUGAUUCUCUGCUGUUUCCUUGGUAUUUAAUAUUGCGUGAUCUUCGAUGAUUGUGGAUAUAAAAAAAUUUAAAUCUGCCGCGAAUAUUAACAUCUAUACAUCACUUAUUCAUUUUGUGUAAUAAUAUUACUCGGAAAUAAUUGUUUUAUGUAACCAGUUAUACUUGUUAGUCUUGCAUAAUCAUAGUAAUUGAUUUACAUAAUUGUAUAUGUCAAAUGGGUAAUUUUGAUUUGGCUCCUUUGAGAAAGAAGCGUAAUGGUUCUUUAUUGUUCAUAUUGAACUUAUGUCAAAGUCUGCCUUCAAUAUACUGAAGAGAAUAACACAUACUUAAUUUGAUAAAGAGUAUGUUUGUGUGAUAUGUGAUUUUUUAGUAUUUUGUAGAUGAACCACUCUCUGCAGUGUUCAAGGGGAGACUAUUCCAGUUUCUAUUUGUUCUAGGAGAGUGGGGGUUUUGUUGGUGAGAUUGAGGGCUACAGGAUGAACCGUGAUAGCAUGAAGUCUGUGUGUUUCUUGACUGACACUUCUGUCUGUUUUGGGAUGGCAACUGGGCUGUUUAUGAUCUUGUACAUUAACACAAAGCAUGUGUCAGUUGUACGGUCUGAAAGUUUCUCUAGUUUAAAUUUGUCUGGUAUGUCACUGACAUUUGAGGCGUGUCUGUGUUUGUUAAUGACAAAGCAUGCUGCCUUUCAUUAUAUUUUUUCUCUUUAGUUAAUAUUGUCUGAAAAAUAUGAUUUCCAGACACCAGAAAAGAGGCCAGUGGCAGAGUUUAAGCAUUCUGACAUAUCACUAAUGUAGAAUAGAAACAAAACAGAACAGAGUUUUAAGGUAAUUUUGACAACACAGGAAAUGUGCUGAAGAUAAACAUGCUGUUCGCAAGUCAGUGGGCACUUCACUAGUGUUGGAAAUACCCUGAGGUUUCAUCUUAAUGUCCUCCACAGUGGAAUAGGAUGACUUGCUAUUCUUUAUUACUAUUCACUUUUUAAAUCUUGUGCAGUGGUCUUGUCUGGUUCUGAAAAGACUGAUAGAAAGUGUUUGAUAAGUAUGUUGUCUUCCUCACCUGGAUCAGUGCUUAACUUGCCUUCCUGUUUGAGCCAUGAAAGCUGCUGUAGUUCUUUAGAGUUAGGAUGACAAUUUUCCUCAGUUUUAUUUACAUUAUUCUUUAUUUGGAUUUUUUAACAUAAUGUAUUUUUAAUAUUGAUUAUGUUAUGUAUAUAUUUUAUAUGUAUAAUACCUGAGAAUUGGAGUAUAUUGCUAGAUAUAUCAAACAUUGUGUAUGUACACUUCCUGAAAAUUGGAGUAUGUAGAUAUCACAACAUUUUGUAUUCAUACCUGCUGAAAAUUGGAGUUUGUACAUAUCAGAACAUUUUGUAUGCAUACUUACUCAAAAUUUAAGUAUGUAGGUUUCUGAACAUGUUGAAUGCAUACUUACAUAAAAAUUGAGUUUGUAGAUAUCAGAACAUUUUGUAUGCAUACUUACAGAAAAUAGGUGAAUGUAGAUAUCGGUAUAUAUUGGUGAUUCAACUUUUUCAUUUUAAUUGUUUAUUCAAUAAGAAAGGAAAAUAAUAAGGAAAUGAAAAGUCUAUUAAAUAUGAAAUUUUCUAUUUUACAACAACAUUACAAAACAAAUUGUUUCAACUUAUAUAAAUCACUCUUGUUGGCUGGGACGUAAGCAUAAGUGGGAUCUGCCUGUGGGAGAAAUUGUAGUAGCCGGGGAAAGCCCACGUGGUCUGGCAGGUGACCUCUUUAACUUUUAAUUGUGUUUUUGUAAAUAAAUUUAACUCUAAUAGUUUAGAUGAAAGGUGAGUAUGUUACGACUGAAACAUCAGGGUUAAGGGGCUAUAUCAGGGUUAAGGGGCUAUGAGAAGUUCAUAGCCCCUGGCUAAUCAAAACACAGACAUUUUUGUGUUAAGCAUGAAACAGCACAUUGGUUUUUAAGUACAAAUAAAGUACAUGAAUGUUUGAUUUACAUUGUAAACUUCAUUUCUUCUCAAGGAAAAAUAAUUGUAAUAUGUCUGAUUACUGCUAUUUUGUAGAAAUAAUUCAUUUAUAGAUUGAACUGAAGAAUAUGUCGCAUGAAGAUUAUGUAAACUGCCAUGACGGAAAGAUUAUAAUGCCACCUUAAUGGUUUAUAUCACAGCAUUAUGUAUAGAAGAUCAUGCAGAGAGUCAAUUUGAUUUGACAGAAAUUAGACUUUGUGAUUAAUACAUAUCCUUCCUUACCUUUUGCCCCUUUGAUUUUGGGACUGAUCAAAGAAAGAAAAAGAAAAAUAGCAGCCCUUGUUUAUUUCAACUAUGAAAGUUUGUUAACACUGUGUUUAGUAAGUACUGAAGGGGUCAUUUUUAGACUUUAUCUGUAGGUCGAUUUCAUGACUGAUCGAGAAAAAUACAGUCGACCAUCAUAGUCAUAUAGUUAGAGUAAUAUUGUGAGAAGAAGCAGAAAAGAUCCAGCUUUAAAGGACAAAUAAAGGUCAAACAAUGGUGGAUGACAUGAUCCCUCUUAGAUUUCGUUUAUUCUGUCAUUUGCAAAUCCUAUAUAAAUUUAAUACAGUAAUUUUUGUUUCAAAUUUUUCCCUCUGUCAUUGUUAAUCUAUUUUUGAUAAAGCUUUAAGUUCGGAAGUUAGUUUGUAGAAAAUGUCCUUUUAUUUGAUAAUAUAUCUUUUUGUUCAGUUCAUAGAAAUAUCUCAUUUCUUGCAAAACAUCACUAUAACUACCAAAAACUCUUUUUGUACAUCUGACUUUUUCUAAUAUCUGCAAUGAUAUUACUUGAUAAAAAUGCCAUAUGUAUUCAGUGCACUUUAUAAAGUUUAGACAAUUCUACUGAAAUCUGGAGAUUUUGUCAGUUUUAUUACAACUCCUCAGCUAAUGUCUCGAAACAUUCCAGAUUUCAGCAGUUCAUUAUUGCCUGUAUGUUGUGUAUCAUGUUCAUUUACACAUUUUUAAAUAUUAUAUGUAUUUGUUUGCUUUUUCCAUAGAAAGAAAUAAAAUUGUUAAUGAUCA